GAACUCCCUCUUUCCUGAGUACCUGGACCCAGGAAAGAAGCAUGAAGUGGCUUGUGAUCCUUGGGCUGGUGGCCCUCUCAGACUGCUUAGUCAUGAUCCCUCUCACGAAGGUCAAGUCCGUCCGAGAAAGCCUCAGAGAAAAAGGCUUGCUGAAAAAUUUCCUCAAGGAACAUCCUUACAAAAUGAUCCAGAACCAGAAAAUCGCUUGUCACCCGCUGAGGAACUACCUGGAUAUGGCCUACGUGGGCAACAUCACCAUCGGCACACCCCCACAGCAGUUCAGCGUCGUCUUUGACACCGGCUCAGCUGACCUGUGGGUGCCCUCCGUCUACUGCAAAAGCAAGGCCUGUGUUACACACAGGUCCUUCAACCCUUCCCACUCCAGCACCUUCCGCCUCCCGGGCAAAAACUUCGAGUUGAAAUACGGCUCUGGAAAGAUUUCAGGAUUCCUUGGCUAUGACACUGUUUGGAUCGGCAGUCUCAGGACCAUGAACCAGGUAUUUGGCCUGAGCCAGUUGGAGACCGGUGAGGCCUUUGAACAUGGAGUCUUUGAUGGCCUCCUGGGCCUGGGCUUUCCCAGCCUCGCCCUCAAAGGGACCACCCCCAUCUUCGACAACCUAAAGAAGCAAGGGCAAAUUUCUGAGCCUGUCUUUGCCUUCUACCUGAGCACGAAGGAGGAGGGCAGUGCAGUGAUAUUUGGUGGCGUGGACAGAAGCUUCUAUAAAGGAGAGCUCAAGUGGGUGCCCCUGACAAAACCCAACUACUGGCAGAUCGCCUUGGACAGGAUCACCUGGAGAGGGCAAAUUUUUGGUUGUCCCCGCGGCUGCCAGGCCAUCGUGGAUACCGGGACCACGUACCUGCUUGGCCCACACGCAGAGGUGGACAAAAUCCAUUCUCUCAUGAACGCAGUGCCCCUUCAGGAAGAGUACCUGGUCCAUUGUAAUGCCAGGGACACCUACCCUGACAUCAUCUUCACCAUUAACAAUGUCGACUACCCAGUGCCAGCUCAUGCCUACAUCCGAAAGGAUGCUAAUGAUAUCCUCUGCUACAGCACCUUUGAGGCGAUGGCGGAUACUCUGACCAAGAGCCAGACCUGGAUCCUGGGUGAUGUCUUCUUAAAGGUGUACUUCACCGUGUUCGAUCGAGGACAGAACAGGAUUGGCCUGGCUCGGGCCGCAUAAAUGCUGGGGCUGCUUCCAGAAACAACCAGGCCCACCUCCCCAAACACACAUUCCCUCACACCUAGGGCAUUCCCGCCCAAGGAGGGCGGCUUGAACGGGGUUCAAUGUUCUGCAAAGCCCAGUUCUCAGUAAAGAAUAAAGGAUUGCCUUUGCAAUGGUGCUGAUACCAACCAGUGCCUCUCUUGGAGUCUGGGCGAUUCCUGGUAAUCCUGCAGGCCUGGACAACCUCGUCUGAACCACAAGUGAGAGGAGCCCACCUCCAUGAGAUUGCCAAUGGAAGGGCAGACUUCUUGGAAGGAUACUGGGGACUGGGGAUGCAGGAACCAGAGCAGAUCCAAAGAUCUCAGUGACUGGACCCAAUAAAUCAGACUCAGCUUACUCUCUUCCCUGCUCUUUCCCUUCUCUCAUCUUUGAUCGAGUCUCUUAACUGGACAGCUUUCUGCCCUCAGGCCUCUACACGAAAUGAAAGACUCCGAAGCUUC